AUGAACACGGACACAGAAGAUGAGUUUUAUCAAUCGGAGGACGACCUGGAUGAAGAUGAGGCAACGCAAUACAUAAUAGAACAAAGUCUGAUUGAAUAUAGAAAGCUCAAAGGUUUGAAUCCAAGUGAUCUGAUACCCAGUGAAGACCCUGAUGAGAUCUUCAAAGCAAUCAAGGAGGGUGAUGAAGACGCAUUAAACCGGCUGGCGGAGCAGCCAGAGACUCUGUCCAGAGUCGAUGAACGAGGAUGGAUCCCGCUGCACGAGGCCUCAGCGCACCAGAACAGAAGGAUGCUAGAGAUUAUCUUCUCAGCAUCUCCCCCGGGUGCAGCCCAGUGUCGCACUCUAAAGGGUGAGACUCCUCUGUUUCUGGCUGUGGUUCAUGGACUCAGAGAGAACGCCACAUUCCUGUUGCAGAACGCUUGUAGCCCGGAUCUCCAGAACGAUGAGCAGGAUUCUCCACUAGUGGCAGCUAUUCUGAACGACCAGUACGACUUGGCCACGCUGUUGCUGCGUUACGGUGCCGGUGUGGACCAAACGGGACCACUGAACAGGACGGCUCUACACGAGUCUGCCUUUUUAGGCCUGGAGAACUUUGUUUAUCUGCUCCUGGAAUCCGGUGCCGACCCAAACGCACGUGACAUCAAAAAGAAAACCCCGCUGGCUCUGGCUGCACAGAAUGGACAUCUGAACGUGGUGGAGGUCCUGCUAGAAAAAGGAGCCCAUGUGUGGUAUGAAUCAGAGUCCGGCAGUAUCUUGUUCGAUGCAGCAGCAUCAGGAAACCCGGACAUAAUCUCUGUUCUGUUGGACCAUGGAGCCGAUCCCAACCAUCCUCUGUACAGCGGUCACCUGCCGAUCCACCGCGUGGCCUACCACGGACACAUUCUGGCUCUGGAGCACCUCAUCCCAGUCACCAAGCUGGACGCCGUGAAGGAAAGCGGGAUGAGUCCUCUCCAUUCUGCCGCCGCGGGGGGGCACGCCCAUUGUGUGGAGAUGCUCCUCAAAGCCGGCUACGACCCAAACUUCAUGCUGCACCCGAGGGUGCGCAGCAACUACGAGGACGAGCGCAGGUCUGCCCUCUUCUUCGCUGUGUCCAACAACGAUAUUCAGUGCACCCGCUUGCUGUUGGAGGCCGGGGCGAUGGUGAACCAGGACCCCAUCAACUGUCUCCAGGUUGCUCUCAGACAGGGCAACUAUGAACUGAUCAACACGCUGCUGAAGUCCGGGGCAAACGUGAACUACUACUCCCGCGUCAACACCACCCACUUCCCCUCUGCGCUGCAGUACGCCUUGAAGGACGAGGUCAUGCUGAGGAUGAUCCUGAACAACGGGUACGAUGUCAAGCGUUGCUUUGACUGUCCGUAUGGCGACGGUUCCCAUGACUACGCUCCUUGGACGACUGCAAUCAUCAAAGACAUGGUGUUCUGCGAGGUGAUAACGGUGUCCUGGCUCAAGCACUUGUCUGCUCAGGUGGUGCGCAUCAUGCUGGACUACACCGACCACGUCUCCUUCUGCACCAAACUUAAGGACACCUUGGAGGAGCAGAAACAGUGGCCGGAGAUCUGUCACGUUCAAAGAAACGCACGGAGCCUGAAGCACCUGUGUCGGCUGCGGUUAAGGGAGCAUCUCAGUCGCCUGCGCUUGAGAGCCCCAGUUUUCAUCAACUUCCUUCCUCUUCCUCAGAGGCUGAAAGAUUACCUACGCUACAAGGAGUUUGAUGUCUACAGCAGGGGCAGCAUGGUUAACCCACACUGA